AUGGUUCCAAAUGAAAAGCAAGAAAACGAUAUUGAACAGGAUAAGAAGAAAGUAGAUGAUGAAGAAGCACAAGAUGCUCGUGGCCAUUGGGAUAAGAAAAUUGAGUUUUUGCUGUCCUGUAUAGGCUAUGCUGUUGGGCUGGGCAACCUAUGGAGGUUCCCAUACCUUUGCUAUGAUAAUGGUGGAGGUGCCUUUUUAAUCCCUUAUACGUUAUUUCUGUUCGUGUGUGGUAUACCACUGAUGGCUUUGGAACUCGGCAUAGGCCAAUACUUUCGUCAAGGUCCAACAAAGGCAUUUAAUAAUAUCUGUCCAUUAUUAACAGGAAUUGGUGUCUCUAUGAUAAUGCAGAUGCUUUUGUUUGGAAUAUAUUACGUUGUCCUUUUCUCCUGGGUGUUUUACUUUUUAAUUGCAAGCUUCGUCGAUCCGCUUCCUUGGACUACAUGUGAUAAUGCCUGGAAUACAGAAAAUUGCCUGACUGGAAAUGAAUCAAUGCCAAACGUAUCAGGAACUUCUCCUAGUGAAGAAUUUUUCUUUCAUGGAUUACUUGAAAUAAGUAAUCAUCCUAGUAACCUUGGGCCAAUUAAAUGGGAACUAGCACUGCUAUUACUUAUAUCUUGGAUUGUUGUUUACUUUUCUAUCUUCAAGGGUAUCAAAUGGUCAGGAAAGGUGGUAUACUUUACGGUCACAUUUCCAUACUUGGUGUUAAUUGUUUUAUUCUUUCGAGGGAUUACAUUAAAGGGUGCUGGUUUGGGUAUUGAUUUCUAUUUAAGAGUCGACUUGGAUAAACUGAAGCAAUCAAGGACUUGGCGCAAUGCAGCAACACAAAUAUUUUAUUCCUUAGGUACUGGUAUUGGCCCAACAAUUACUUUGGCUAGUUAUAAUAAAAGAAACAAUAAUAUUUUAAGAGAUGCCAUAAUCAUCAGUCUUACUAAUUAUGCUACAAGCUUCUUCUGUGGCUUUGUCGUUUUUUCUAUCCUUGGCUAUCUAUCCGACCAAGGUGGUGUUCCUAUUGCGCAAGUAGCCACUCAAGGUCCUGGUCUUGCAUUUGUGACUUAUCCAGCCGGCUUAGCGACUCUACCUGGAGCUAAUGUUUGGUCAGUUCUAUUCUUCGCUAUGUUGAUUACACUUGGCAUCGACACUUUGAUGGGUGGAAUGGAAUCAUUAAUGGCAGCGGUAGUUGAUGCUAAACCAAAAUUAGCAGCGUACAGGCCUUUGAUUGCAUUCGUUGCAUGUGUUAUACUUUUUUUUCUUGGAUUAGUUAUGACUACUCGGGGAGGCCUUUAUGUCCUUACAUUGCUUAAUUUCUAUACAGCGUAUAUUGGGACCUAUAUCAUCGCAUUUAUGGAAAUAAUAUCCGUUACUUAUUUCUACGGAGGUAAUCGAUUUGCUAAAAACCUCCAGCGUGUUACAGGGCAGCCAAUCUAUUUACCAAUGAGAAUUUGUUGGUAUAUCAUAACUCCCGGAAUGAUAGUGAUGAUAUUUAUAUUCAGCUUGGUAAAUUAUGGGCCGGCUACAUACGGCAACAAUGUUCCUUUUCCAUGGUGGGGAGAACUUGUUGGCUGGAUAAUGAUAGGAUUAAUUAUAUGUGCUAUCUUUAUUCCGGCAAUUUACAGUUUAUGUAUCACGCCAGGAACACUAAAAGAAGUAAUUAUUGACAUGUGUUUGAUAAUUUAG